AUGGGGAUUGAAGUAGAUUCAGAAGUUUUUUCAAUUGAAACACACCCAUCAGUAUCAGUUUUUGCUGUAGGUACAUUGACAGGACGAGUUUCAAGUUAUCGGUAUGAAGGGGAUUUGAAAAAGUAUGAAAGAGUAUGGCAUACACGAAGACACAGAAAAGCAUGCCGGGAUCUGAAAUAUAGUGCAGAUGGUUUAGAACUUGUUUCAGUUGGAGCAGAUGGCGUAAUUAAAUGUGCAAGUAGUGAAACAGGGCAAGUUAUAUGGAAAAAACGGGAAGCACAUGAAGAUGCGAUCAAUGUUGUCGGAUUUAUGUCUAAAAUGAUGCUUGCUACAGGAGAUGACAAUGGAUAUAUAAAAAUGUGGGAUUCAAGAACGGGUGCGUGUAUAAAAGAAGGAAAAGUGCACAAUGAUUUUAUUUCAUCUUUCUUGUCUUUGGACAAUAGAAUUUUAGUAUCUACAAGUGGAGAUGGAACAUUAUCGGCACAUGAUUUUCGCUUAUGGAAGCUUUUGGCGGUUUCAGAGAAUGAAGAUGAUUUUUUAUCAUCAUGUUUGGUUAAAUCUCAGUCAAAAAAUCCAAAGAUAUGUAUAGGAACGGCCUCAGGAACGGUGAAAAUAUUUAAUAAAGGAGAAUGGGAUAAAUACGCGGACCAGAUUUUAUUGUAUAAAAAGAAGAGUGUAUUAAGCGUCGAUAGCAUGAUUUCAUGGAAUGAUGAUACAAUUAUCGUAGGUGGGAGUAAUGGUGUCAUACAGCUUUUAAACAUUCAUCCCAAUCGGCAAAUGGGAAUUAUUGGGCAUCAAAAAACAGGUGUUGAUGUGUUGGCAAAGACAUAUGAUGCUAAAUGGAUACUAAGUGGAGAAGACCGAGAAAUAAAUGCUUGGAAGGUGAAUUGGGGCGUUGAUGGCUGGGAAAAUCAUGAAACAUGUGAUGAUACAGCGAAUAAAUCAUUAAAACAUAAAAAAAAUAUACUAGAUAAUCAGACGUCUUUUUUUUCCAAUUUAACAUAA